AUGGAAAUAUUAAACACAAGUAACUUCCACCCGGAAUAUUUUAUUCUGAAGGGAAUUCCUGGCUUGGAGAGUUCUCACUUCAUCCUCUCUAUCCCGUUCUGCUCCAUGUACAUACUGGCUCUUCUUGGAAACUCCAUCUUGAUAACAGUGAUUAAGACCAAUGAAAGUCUCCAUCAGCCCAUGUACAUUUUAAUAGUCAUAUUGGCCCUCACUGACAUCCUUUUGUGCUCUUCCACCGUGCCAAAGACUCUCAGCAUAUUCUGGUUUAACUUCCAUGAAAUCUCUUUCAAUGGUUGUGUUGUUCAGAUAUUUUUCAUCCACUUCCUGUUUGGGUUAGAGUCAGCCAUUUUACUUAUCAUGGCCUAUGAUCGAUACAUUGCUAUCUGCUACCCUUUAUCAUACACAACUAAAAUGACAAACACAUUCAUUCAAGUAUCAACAGUUAUGGCUCUUACCAGGAGUUUUUGCAUAAUUACACCACUAGUUUUCCUUCUAAUACGAUUACCUUACCAUCAGAGCAACAUCAUCGAACAUUCUUACUGCGAACAUAUGGCGAUGGCAAGACUGGCUACUGCAGAUAUAUUGGUUAAUAUUGUCUAUGGUCUUACUAUAGCAUUUUUCUCAUCGUUUAUAGAUUUGUCCCUUAUAGGAAUAUCAUAUUAUGUCAUAGCUAGAGCUGUUCUUAGACUCCCUUUGACAGAAGCUCGUUUUAAAGCUUUUAAUACUUGUAUGUCCCACAUCUGUGUUAUAUUCAUGUUCUAUCUACCAGCUUUUUUCUCUUUUAUCGUACACAGGGUCGGACAUAAACUGAUCUCUCUACAGGUCCACAUUCUGUUAGCCAACCUGUAUGUCCUUGUACCUCCCAUGAUGAACCCAAUUAUCUAUGGUGUAAAAACCAAGGAAAUUAGACAGAUGGUGUUUCAGAAGCUUAUCAAGAAUAUAUUUCCAAAUAGACACCACUGA